AUGAAACUCACCAGACAACAAGACGGUAGUAAUUAUGAGUAUUUAUCAGACGACACUACAGAUCAGAGCAGUAGUCUAGAUUUGAUACACGAGGAAAGAUAUGUUGGUCCGGUAAUUCUAGUGAUGAAGACAAUUGGUCAGAAGCAAUGCGUUACAGAAUGUCAAGCCCGAGCGUCUCUGUGUAAAAGAAUCAGCUACAAGAGGGAAGACCUACUGUGUGAAAUGGUCUCCUCCACUGAGAAAACGGAACCAACCUCAAAGUACAUCAGACUCGGGGAAAUUGCUAAUGACAAUGUUGAAUGCAUGUCAUGCUUACCGAGUGAGAAAUGUGUAUUUCUUUCAAGUGAGAAGACAUAUUGUGUCAAAGAUAAAAAUGGACCAAAAGAUUGCACAGAGGUACAUAAUCUAUCAUCCCAAAGUGGUCUUUAUAGAGUCAGUAUCCCGGUCUUUGGUCACGUGACCGUCUUUUGUGAAAUGGAGGCUGACGAUGGAGGCUGGACAGUUUUCCAACGUCGACUCGAUGGGUCUGAGGAUUUCUAUAGAACCUGGACGGAGUCUAAGGAUGGAUUUGGGAAUCUGACAGAUGAAUUUUGGUUUGGAAAUGAGAAACUCUUCCUCUUAUUGAGUCAAGGAACAUACGAGUUACGGAUGGACAUGAGUGACUUCAACAACCAGACUCGUUAUAUUAAAUACAGCAGUGUAUCCGUAGUAGACGAGGCUUCAAAAUACCUAAUGUCCUUAUCUGGGUUUUCAGGCGACGUUGCGGAUUGUUUUACUGCAACGACCAACCCUAUACAUAUCAUAAAGUUCUCGACCAAAGACCAAGACAACGAUCCUUACGGAGAUAACUGUGCGACUUUGUACAAGUCAGGAUGGUGGCACAAUAAGUGUCACUGCUCUAACCCUAACGGUCUAUACCUGGCUGGGGACACCGGCUUAUUCGCUGAAGGGAUAACAUACAACCCCUGGCUCACACAUUAUUAUUCGCUAAAGACAAUCAAGCUGAUGGUUAGAAGAAUUGUAUGA